AUGGGAAUCGCCAUGAUUGCGAAGAUGCUCAACGACGCCACUGAUGAGAUGUUGAAUCGUCUUCGUUUUGACCUGGCUUUCAAGACGAAUAAUCUGCGACUCAUUAGCGUCUUCUACAAGCGUCUUUCCUUCACCGCCUCGUUCGGAGACGUCACAACCCCGUCUGUUGAGAAGCUUGGCGUAACUUGCAAAAGAAGCAAUAUAACGAUGAAAUUGCACAACCCACGCAUCCACAUGAGCGUUCUUUUGCAUUCUUUUCAAAGUCCGGCUUCGCUUUUGCGUCGUGAUCUUCGGCGGAGUUCCAGACAGAGAACAUAUACAGGAAACGCAUCCUUCAUUCAUUCCGUCUUUCUUCAUUUACAACCAGCGAGACGCAAACAUUCUCUUCUCUGGUCUUCCUUUUCGUUCCUUUUUUUCUUCACCAUGAAAGAUGCCAGCAAGCAAAGAUGCGAGGGUUCUUCUAUCCAUCUUGGUAAUCCCGUGAACACGAGGGUCAAGCGUAAACGCCGAGUCUCUCGUCUCCUUUUGAACUCCACCGAUCGCCAGCAGCGUUAUUGCGUGAUGUGUGCAUUUUCCAAUCCUGGGUCGCGCAAUCGCAUGGCUUUUGCCAGUCGAGUUUUGCUCAAAACUAUGAGCCCUGAAACCCAGCUUCCAGCCCACCGGAAAAGUCGUCAUACUCAUCCCCGAGACCCGCAGACCCGCGCGACUAAACUGCUGCUGCUGCUGAUACGGCCCACUGGGACCGAACCCGGGAAACCCAGAGCCCUGAAACCCAGCUUCCAGCCCACCGGAAAAGUCGUCAUACUCAUCCCCGAGACCCGCAGACCCGCGCGCGCUCCUCUCACCCUCCCGCUUAUUCUGCUUGUCUCUUUGAGAACGCCGUUUGUAGAGCCCGUUGUACAGCGCUCUGCCGGAGUAUCCCACUCCGCCGAGUCCCGCGAGCCCGCCAUACAAGGGACUAGAGUACAAAGUGUUGCCAUAUGCUGCGUAGAGUGGAUUACUCAACCCGGCACCGUAGCCUCCGAGUCCGCUGAGUCCGUAGCCAGCGCCACCUAG